AUGAGAGUAACAAAAGUAUUUUAUUUUAUCCAUUUUUUACUUGUUCUUAUUUUAUUAGAAUCAUAUUUAUGCCAUGAGAGAAGAAAUAAAAGUAAUUUAAUAUUCAAAAAUUCCCCUUUUAAAAAUUUAAAUGAAAAGAGGGAAAAAAAGGAAAUUUAUGGAAUUGUAGGUAUAGUGGCAGCAACACUUGGAAUAACCUUAAGUGCACUUGGAUAUAAUUAUUUUAGAAGAAAAAAAAAAUCUCUAUGGCAAGAUUUAGGUGAUGAGACAGAUACUAUAUUGAAUAAUACAAUUAAAUGUGGUAUAUAUGAAGCAAAGAAGAAGAUUUAUAAAGAAAUAUGUAAUGUGAAGAAAUUAUCUCCAUCCUUGGAUGAAGUAAGAGCAUUUGUAGAAGAACAAUUUAGAUGCAAAAAUUUAGACAUUAAUAAUUAUGAUCAAAGACAACUAGAUGAUUUAUGUACUUUUGCAUUAUACAACAUUCGACAAUCUGUGAUAAACUUACGAAAAAACCUAAUGGUAUAUUCACAAAAAAUGGACUAA